AUGUGCACCAGCGGCCAGAUCAUCGGGAGCCUCCUGGUGCUGUCCGUGCUGGAGAUAGGGCUGGGGGUGUCCAGCGUGGCCGUGGGGGCGGUCAGCUUCAGCCUGGCCCUCCGGCAGCACAAGCCGCAGCUCGGAGACUCGUCCCCGUUUCUUCUUUGUGGCAUAUGUGGAAUAUUGUGCGCCAAAAAAAAGUCUGGACUUAUCAUGAUCCUCUUUUCCGCCUGCUGCAUCUGUGGCCUCAUAGGGGGCAUCCUGAACUUCCAGUUCCUCCGGGCCGUGACCAGAAGGACCUCUUCCCUGUACCCGCUGCAUGUGGCCUCCAUGUCCCUGGCAUGCAUAGGGAUCGGGGGCUGCACCCUCUCCUCCUGGCUCACCUGUCGGCUGGCCAGCUAUGAACAGAGGAGGAUGUUCUCGGAGAGGGAGCACUCCCUGCACCACUCCCAUGAGAUGGCUGAGAAAAGAUUGAGGGCUAUUGAAAUAACCGACUUGCCCAGCUGCCCGGUGGUGCCCCCGACACCAGAGUUACCUACAAGGAAAUGA